UAAACUCCUCCCAUCCUCCUGGCUUUUCAAUUAAUCAUUUAGAUGGGAAACACAAGCCUACUCAGCAACCAGGAAAAAGCAUGUUAUCCUGAUGUCUGUGAGCACCAGUCUGAGACGCGCGGAUGCUCCAGCAUGCCUCCAGAAGCAGAGAAAGAACAAAAGCACUGGAAUAGGUCUCCGGUUGCCUCUAGGCUCAGAGAAGCUGGGUCUUCCCACAGGAUCUCAAGUGUACUGUUAGCUGCAGAUACCUGCUCAGCUGGCUAAGCCUUUAACAUGGAAAGAAGGCUCAUAAAGAAGGAAAUGAAAAAGCUCCUGGGAGAUUAUAUUGGCAUCAGACUUCGGGAAAAUGAAUUUGACCCAAAAGGAAGAAGGCAACUCACCUCUCUAGAUGAUAUGGCACACUAUGACUUGGCCAUCAGUGUUGCUUUGCAAUGGCUGCAUCCCUCAGAAGACUUAACUUGGUUGGAGUGGGAGGAACUGAAAAUGCCAUUCCGUGGCAGACCCAUGUAUCCCAAUCGUAAAGAACGAGAAGCUAUGAUUUUAUCAUCUUAUGCUGGAAUCUUAAUGAACAGUAUCCCGAUUGAGGAAGUCUUUAGAAUUUAUGGGGCUGAUUCUUCUGCCAGUUCUGGUACCAUCAAGGUUCCCCGAGUUUCAUCUCUCCGCCUCUCCUUGCACCCCUUUGCCAUGUUAACAGCACCCAAAGCAGCAGAAUACGCCCGCAAACAGAGUGUCAAGUCAAGAAAGGGAACAACAAAUAAAAAUGCCACCAGCAGCUCUACAAAGGAAGCAAAUGCCACGGAAUGGAAAUCAUCACAAAGGUUUUCAGACACACAGCCAAAGAACAAAGUCACUUAGAAAAUUGGAAUUGUACCAUGGAACUUCAUAAUAGAUUCUCUGGGAGCAGAUGAGAAGCAUCAUCUUAAAACCACAGCUUUUGCCAGUACAUUUUUCUUUACAACUAGUUUUUGAUAUAACUGCAUUGAAGUGUUAUUUUUGAUGUUGAGCUUUCUUCUUUUAGAAGCAUAUUACAUGGCUACAUUUUGUUAAAAAAAAAAAAAAGUAUGAUCUUAUGCUACUUCAUUGUGACUGGCAGACUGCUGGAGAAUUCAGAGAGUAUAUAGUAUUUCUGUAUUAGAGCAAGCUGGCUUUGUAGCAUAUUUUACAAAUGUGUGGCAUUAAAUAUUGCACAGAGAUGGAGUAGGAGGCAGAUUUUCAAAGAGUUAAUCCAAAAUAAAAUUAAUCUGUCAUUGAUUGCCUUUACUGUGUUCUCAUAUGAAAAAAUUUUUAAAACUCAUUUCAAUAAAGCAUUAAAAGAAAAAUGAAUACAGGCUUUCUCUCAGUAGACUAUAAAGACUACUAGGAGAGAAGAUGUUCUGGUCUUUUAGUACCUUUCCAAAAUGCUGAUUAGGCACAUGGCUUAGCCUGUCAAUGUAUGUAAUAACAACUUGAUCACAUGAAUGUCAGUAUGCAUGAUACAUUUCUUAAGGUUCUGGUGUGCCAUCUGUCUACAGAACAGUUUUCAUCAGCAUGUGCAAAAACACAGAUGGGGGUUGUAGACUUUUUCUGAAAAUGGUGGUGUAUUCUCAUGCAGGGCUGGGAGACCAAUGCAACGUUUUCCACACUGGGUUUGAUUAUGGUUGUAAGUAAGAUUUACCAGUAGGCCUGCAGCUAAUUCGAAGGGACGCAAAGGAGGGAAUCAGCAACCUGUGGUCCCUGCAUGCACUGCUAGGUGUCUAGCUUCAUAGGAUGUCACCCAGUUUUCUUUUGCCUAGCUCUGCUACUUAUUUUUUUCUCGGUAGCUAUUGCUGUCUCUCCUUUUACCACCUGCGCAUUUGCCUUACAUGCUGCCUGAGGAUUUUCACAAAUGACAUUGUGAAUGUGUUGCUAGCUGUGGUCAAAUACUCUUUUAGAAUACCUCCGUGGGUCUAAAGCACAAAGGUGUUUGAUUUCAUCUUCCUACAUACAUGUGGAAUGACAAAAGACAGUCUGGGGUUUGGAGUCUUCCUCCACCCUUGCACAUCUGAGGAGUGCUUCUAAAUCAAUACACUGGCAGCAAUGGAGAAGGCUCUCAGGCAGUCACUUGGGUUCAAUGAAACAGUGAUACUACUGAAAGGAAAAACACAGGCAAUCAUCAUGCUAAUUUUAAAAAACAAAAGCAAUGCUAGAAGGAGGGUGGCAGGGGGAGGGGAGUGGAAGGAUCCUGCGUAUUCUUCUGCUCUUUGAGCCUCUCACAGACUCUCAGGUUAUCUUUUUAU